UCUAUCUUGGUUAUAUUAAAGUCUUUGGUGGGGCCUUCUUUGAGCACGCACACGUCUGUGCCCGGUUGGUUAACUUUGCUAGCUCAUUGAUGGACCAUAGUAGAAGAAAAUGACAGAUUACGCUGAGGAGCAGCGAAACGAGCUGGAAGCUAUAGAGUCAAUUUACCCGGACUCGUUUACAGUGCUAUCAGAGGUGCCCACCAGCUUCACCAUCACUGUGACAUCGGACGCAGGGGAAAACGAUGAAACGAUUGAAGUGACUCUACAGUUCACCUAUGUGGAGAAGUAUCCCGAUGAGGUGCCGCUGUGGGAGAUAUACUCCCAGGAGAACCUGGAGGAUUCAGACGCAGAGGGCAUCCUCACCUUACUGCAGCAGCAGGCUGAGGAAAACCUUGGAAUGGUGAUGAUAUUCACCCUAGUUACAGCAGUUCAGGACAAACUGAACGAAUUAGUCGACGAGAUAAAAAACAGAAGAGAGGAAGAGAAGAGGCGAAAAGAGGAGGCGGCGGAGGAGGCUGAGAAGGUGCUCUUCCAAGGAACAGUGGUCACCAUCGAGAACUUCCUGUCAUGGAAAGCCAAGUUUGAGCUGGAGAUGGCUGAGUUGAGGAGGAAACGUCAGAAAGAGGAGGAACAACAGCAGGUUGGGAAGAUUAAACUAACAGGAAAAAAGCUAUUUGAGACCGAUCACAAUCUUGACACAUCAGAUAUACAGUUCCUGGAAGAUUCUGGAAACAGUGUUGAAGUGGACGAGUCCCUCUUCCAGGACCUUGAGGAACUCGACCUGGAUGAAGACGACCCUGACUUUGACCCUCUGGCACUGGGCAGUGAUGAGGACUGAACUAGGAAGAAGAGAAAGAUGCCAUGGGCAUGUUCCAGGCAGACCUGUUUUCAAAUACUAUUUAUAUUCUUUAAAAUACUUUGAGCAUUUGCUCUAGCCUGCCUGGGGUGCCAGAUGAGUGGGGAUUGCAGUGUUGCAACUAUUUUAUUGGUUCCAUUGUGCCUGGCAAGCUCAAUCAAGCCCAGAAGAAAGCAUUUGAAAUUAUUUCAAAUAGUAUUUGAAACAAGGUCCGGUCCCAGAUCAUCUUUAUUGCAGUCACGUUGUGCUGCACAGAUUCAGAUCCCCCAACGCCUGGAGAAGUGUUUUGCAUCUCAGGAACGACAUCAAUGUGAUAUAGAAUUCUUCUGAGAUGCGCAGCACGACUGUAAUAUUUACGACUUUGAACGCAACCGAUACUAACAGGAAGGGAUCAUCACAGGAAGGGGAGUCACAGUAUCUGACCAAGCACAGAGAAGAAAGACAACCAAUAACACCCACAUUUAUGUUCUAAACAUGAACUAUAACUCCAGUUGACUGUAAACACAGAAUCACCUCAAGGCAUUUAUACACCCUUGUCAAUGAAUUGAUUUAUACCCUGAUGCCAUUAAAGAUGCACUAUGCAGAAAUCUCUUCACCA